UUUCUUCGCUUUUUCCAACAGUGUUCCGUUUUGACGGUCGCGUCUGGGAGAAAAAAUUUCUCCGACGAAAGUUUGUGCAUUUUCCGACUAAAAUAAGUGCUAGUUUUACAGCGAAACAAGUGCAUUUUUCUGCCCCAGGGAAUUCCCAUUGGUGGCGUUUGUGUGUGAUUUGCUUUUGUUUAGGAUAACUAUCGUUCUGCGAGAGGUAGAUAUGGCAAAAAAGGAAGUGUGAACGAUUCUAACAAAAGGUGCGUCAUUUCUAUCCGAGGAACGAGCGACGAACAGAAACAAAGAAAUAAUUUUUCAUUCAUCCGGUCGUUAUAACCGGAAAGAAACGAAACAUACACUCGCGUUUUCGCGUGGUUUUGGUUUGGUUGCACCGGGAUCAGCUUUGCUAAAGGCGUCAGUGGGUGGAGUGGUACGGCGGAAGGUAGGGGUGCAGGCGGACGACGUCUGUCGUCAUCGAUAGAAAGAGCAGGAAAAAUACAACAGUGCCAGGUCGUGACACUUUCUGCGUCUUCCACUUGCUCCCGGUUCGUGCCUGUUGGCUGCACGUUAGCUUUUGUUUUUGUUGGUACUCUUUGAUUGCGUCUGAAGUACGACAAGACAGUGAAAAACCAAGCGGAAAGGAGGAGAUUCCCCCGGAUAAAAAUAGUUUGGCGGGAGUCAACCGGAUAUCGCGAGCAAUUCUCAGCAACAGCAUCAUCUGCAGCUGCCCUUCGGAGCGCGGCUUGAAGUAGACAGUAGAAGACGUAGAUCUCCAGGGGCUUUUCCCCGAUACGGGCUCAGUGCUGCAGGGACCGUCAGAAUGUCCGGAACCACGGGAAAGCGUAAGGAAAUCUACAAAUAUCUGGCCCCAUGGCCGCUGUACUCGAUGAACUGGUCAGUGCGACCGGAUAAACGCUUCCGGCUGGCACUGGGCAGCUUUGUGGAAGAAUACAACAACAAAGUACAGAUUAUUAGCUUGGAUGAGGACACGAGCGAGUUCAGUGCCAAGAGCACAUUCGAUCACCCAUAUCCGACGACGAAGAUCAUGUGGAUUCCGGACUCGAAAGGUGUCUUCCCGGAUCUGUUGGCCACCAGCGGUGAUUAUCUGCGGGUUUGGCGCGCCGGUGAACCGGACACCCGGCUGGAGUGCGUCCUGAACAACAACAAAAACAGUGACUUCUGUGCUCCACUAACGUCGUUCGAUUGGAAUGAGGUGGACCCGAAUUUAGUGGGAACGUCAUCGAUUGAUACGACUUGCACAAUUUGGGGACUGGAAACCGGUCAACCAUUGGGACGAAUCAAUCUGGUUUCCGGUCACGUCAAGACGCAGUUGAUUGCUCACGACAAAGAAGUAUAUGAUAUAGCAUUUUCACGCGCUGGUGGCGGACGGGACAUGUUCGCCUCGGUCGGUGCUGACGGCAGUGUUCGGAUGUUUGAUCUACGCCAUCUGGAGCAUUCGACGAUUAUUUAUGAAGAUCCGGCGCAUACCCCGCUGUUGCGGCUGGCUUGGAACAAGCAGGAUCCCAACUAUCUGGCGACGGUGGCGAUGGAUUCGUGUGAGGUAAUUAUUCUAGAUGUACGAGUCCCCUGCACACCGGUAGCCCGUUUGAGCAAUCACCGAGCGUGUGUGAAUGGUAUUGCCUGGGCGCCGCAUAGUUCGUGCCACAUCUGUACGGCCGGUGACGAUCACCAGGCGCUAAUCUGGGACAUCCAGCAGAUGCCCCGGCCGAUCGAGGACCCGAUUCUAGCCUACACGGCCGCCGAGGGAGAGGUGAAUCAGAUACAGUGGGGUGCCACGCAGCCCGACUGGAUUGCCAUCUGCUACAAGACAGCCUGCGAAAUUUUGCGGGUUUAAAGUGGACGUAGGAAGAAUCGUACUAAUCAUUCACCUUCUUGCUAUUGUACAUACUAAGACUGAUUUGGGUUUUUUCACUUUACACCUACUACAACACUAGCUAUGGUAAAAUAACAUUUAUUUCGGGGUAGCUUCCACUAGUCGCACUUUAAUUAUUCUGUCAGGCUUGAAAGUCGAUGUUGUAAUCACUCUCGGUUUAUUUGUAUAUAACUACUAGUAGAAGCAUGUCGUAAUUUAUUUUGUUUCCCAAGCUAAUCUACAAACCGUCACUCGUCGCAUCAUACAAAAAAAAAACAAAGCUUGGAGCUCAAGAUAACAAAGCGCGUCUAAGAUUUUCUGCUAAAGAAACGGAAGACUGCGGUUUGGAGUUCUAUUUGUUUUCUUCUUUUACGCCUUAUAGGCAUUGAAACAUUUAGUAGCGGCCUAUGAAGCCAAGUUCAAAACAAAAUCAACAAACAGCAAACAAAAACAGCAACAUCUUUGUGUGUUCAUGCAUCGGUCUAAAGUGCGGUCCAGCUGGCAGACAGUCAGCCGGCAAAGGACGAUUUCGGUUUUGUUUUGCUUCCAAAUUUUUACACUAUGGUUUAAUAACCGAAUACAAACAAUCUAAACUAAACCGAAUAGUUAUAAGCGAGUUUUGUAGUGCUAACAUUGAUUGAGGAGUAGUAACAGGAAAAUAAUCUAGCAAUGAAGCCGUGAAACAGUUUUUAAACUGUGUUUAAUUCGUCUGACAUGGUGUAGAACACAAUUACUUAAUCUUAUAGGUUCUAUGGUACACACACACAUAGACACAAACAAACAGAAUUUAAAAUAGUGAUCCUUUGUGAGGGGGGACUCGUAUGAGACCAUAUGCUAAACUUUUUUUGUAAUUUAUCAUUUUACUAGAAUCGUAAUACACGUAAGUAUUGAAAAACGA